AUUCUAGGAGACCAUGCUGUAGAGCAAACCACCAGCAGGGUGCAGCACCGUGCUGUGUCCCCUCAGGAACCAAACCAAAAUAGUAAACUGAACCAAACGGACUGAAGCCAGGAAGUCAAAUGUAGCCCUUAGCAAACUUGGUGAGGAGUUGGUCCCUAAAGUUAGUUUGUUCCUAGCUUUGUGAUGUUGUAAUCAGCACUAGGCUCCCUACAGAGACCAGUGUUUGGGUCUCAAUGUGCCUUCAUGUUCUCGGAGGGUCCUUUCUCUCAAAUUGUGAAGUUCUGAUUUUGGUGUUUUCAUUUGCUCUGAAGUCUGAAUGUGGGGGAGAAGCAUGGACGCUGUAAAACAACGUUUUGUAUGUAUGUGUUUAGUGUUUCAACAACACCGUGACACCUCUUUCCAAUAUUUACAUGAUCAUGUAAAAAGAAAAAGGAUCAGGUCACACAGGCAAUUUAAAUUAUAUGCAUGUUUAUCAUAAAAUCAUGUUAGGUGCUUCAAGUUGCGUUCACGGUGUGGAACUCAUUGUUUCCAUUAUUCUGACCACAUGAACACACACACAGUAACACCAACCAACUGGUAGAAAAGUAUCAAAUAUAACAUCGUGGUUCUCUACAACUUUGUGCAGCACGUUCCACAAACUAAAACAGAAAACACGUGUAUGUUAGACAGAUGUUUACAGAUGAGUCCAUCGUGUGUGUGGAGAGUCCUGCUCGUCAUUGGUCAGCUCCUCACUCUGCAAACACCAAUCAGAGGAAGCGAAGCAGCAGACGAGGAGGGAAGUUGUUGAGUCUGAUCAGAGACGCUGCAGUUUCACCUCCAGCAGGAAGCGUGUCUUCCCAAAGUGUUUGUUUUUGCUGCAGCUGCAUCUUCGGAGAGACCACAUUUCUCUGCAGGAUGGAGUCAUCGCUGGAGUUUUCCAACUCUCUGGGCAGUGUGUCCUCUCUGAGCCGCUGUCGGACCUUUAAGGUGCUGGUGAUCGGAGACUCCGGGGUGGGGAAGACCUGCCUCACACACCGGCUCUGCGCCGGACAGUUCCCCAGCAGAGUGGAGGCCACCAUCGGGGUGGACUUCCGCGAGAGGCUGCUGGACGUCGAUGGAGAAAUAUUAAAGCUCCAGCUGUGGGACACAGCGGGACAGGAGCGCUUUCGUAAGUCCAUGGUGCAGCAUUACUAUCGGAAUGUCCACGCCGUGCUCUUCAUUUAUGAUGUCACCUACCCCGCCAGUUUCAGUGGCCUGGUUUCCUGGAUAGAAGAGUGUAGGCAGAACUCAGUGGGCCAGAAAAUCCCCAGGUUCCUGGUGGGUAACAAAAGUGACCUCCGUAACCCCAGAACGACUGAGGGCCAGGUGAACCAGGAGCAGGCGAUGAGCUUCGCCAAGGCCCAUGGCAUGAUGUUCUUUGAGACGUCGGCCAAGAACCCGCCACUCAAGCGUGUGAACGGACAGCGAGGCGACGGAGAGGUUUCAUAUCAGCAGGAUAAGGUGGAGGACAUCGUCAUCGCUGUCGGCGCCAAGCUGAAGCGACAGAAAAAACCUUUGGCAGCGAACACUGUGACGUACAAUGGGUCCUUUAAAGUGAGCAAGAAAAGAGCCGAUAAAGAGCAGUGGACCUGCUGCUGAGACACAGAGGGAGGAGAGACUGUUGGACUUAUUAGCUCUUUAUAUGAGCGUGUGAGAGAAUAUAUGUAAACAUUUUCAUUUCUCACCAAACACAACUUUAACAUAUAAAAUAUAGUGGCUUUUAGUCCCAUGCAGAACUUUACUAUUUAUAAAAAAAAGUGAAAUGUCCUACUUGGAUAUGUUGUGUAUAUUUGUGAUUUUAUUGUUUACAAUAGUUGCAAAAUAAAGAAAUGUGAAUGUAGCUGUUAUUCAGCUGAGGCUCUGAUCCAAAUGACUUCUCAGUGCAGUGAGAGCAGCAUGUGUGGUGUCACUGGGGACUAACUCUAAUGGCCCGGUCACACACAUGCUAAUAUUAAAGUAAAACAUUUUAAUCACAAGGUGAAACUCAUAAUGUGACUCAGUAGUGUGCAUAGCC